UGCUCACCGCCAGAAGAAAAGGCACCCGUUCCUCCCCUCUUCUACCUCCCAUCCUUUGCUCAGGAGCUGCCUACAUCGCAGUCACGCCCCUUCCUUCCGAGGAGCGUUCCGGCUGCGUUCGCUGGUAGACCCCUGACUUACUCCUCCGUCUCCGUUCUCUUUCGUCUCUUCUCUUAGUUCUCACUGCCUUCCCCCCCUCACCACCACCUCCAGCCUUUCUCGCCUACCACUAUCCGCUGCUCCACCCUCCGGCCCGGUAUCCUGCUUGCCUGUCCACUGCGACCAAGGAGAGACCCGAGGGAGCAGCGAGGUGGGGAGUAGCCGGGACCUGGGGCUUCCUCCCUACCCAUCCCCGGCCUCUGGCCCGGGACCGAACCCACUUGAGCCAGCAGAGAGAGUCGUCACCUUGUCUUCAUUGCCUUCAGGGCCUAGGUGCAAAGUAAACGUGUAACUCCACCUGUAUAUACACUGCUGAGAAGACUAACAGAGGUGAAAGAACCAGUGACUCUUUAGAAAGAAGGCUGAGAAACUAAAGAGUGACCAGUGGUUGGACUCUUGCCGGCGCUUACCCUGAACCUGAGUGUUAGGGGAGAGGGAAUCUGCUGCUGCGGUUUCUGGAGCUGCUCAUAAGCAAGAGUUCCCUAUCCUGAUCAAGGCUUUAAGCCUAAAAGAAAGCAGAAAUAGGUCAAGGGCAGCCCAAGUGCCCCAUUUCUCUCUCUCUUCACAAAGCACCGCCAGCUCUAGAGAUGAGAAAUUCUGAAGAGCAACCAAGCGGAGGAACUACGGUAUUGCAACGUCUGCUUCAAGAGCAGCUUCGCUAUGGCAAUCCUAGUGAGAAUCGUAAUCUGCUUGCCAUACACCAGCAAGCCACAGGGAAUAGCCCUCCAUUCUCCACCGGCAGUGGGAACCCAGGCCCUCAGAGUGACGUGUUGAGUCCUCAGGAUCACCACCAGCAGCUCGUGGCACACCCUGCUCGGCAAGAACCCCAGGGCCAGGAAAUCCAGUCCGAAAACAUCAGCAUGGAGAAGCAGCUGUCCCCUCGAAUGCAGAAUAAUGAGGAACUCCCAACCUACGAAGAAGCCAAGGUCCAGUCCCAAUACUUCAGGGGCCAACAGCAUGCUAGUGUUGGGGCUGCUUUCUAUGUCACAGGAGUCACUAACCAGAAGAUGAGAACCGAGGGACGCCCAUCCGUUCAGCGACUCAAUCCUGGGAAGAUGCACCAAGAUGAAGGACUUAGAGAUCUUAAGCAAGGGCAUGUCCGAUCCCUGAGUGAGAGACUAAUGCAGAUGUCACUGGCCACCAGUGGAGUUAAAGCCCAUCCACCUGUUACCAGUGCUCCCCUCUCCCCACCGCAACCCAGUGACCUCUACAAGAAUCCCACCAGUUCCAGUGAAUUCUACAAAGCUCAAGGGCCACCUCCCAGCCAACAUAGUCUGAAGGGCUUGGAACACCGAGGCCCCCCACCAGAAUAUCCUUUCAAGGGCAUGCCAUCCCAGUCUGUAGUGUGCAAGUCCCAAGAGCCAGGGCACUUCUAUAGUGAGCAUCGCCUGAACCAGCCAGGGAGAACAGAGGGGCAACUGAUGAGGUAUCAGCACCCCCCUGAGUAUGGGGCAGCCAGGACAACGCAGGACAUCUCGCUGUCUUUGUCAGCAAGAAAUGCUCAGCCUCACAGCCCAACAUCUUCCUUGACAUCCGGGGGUGCCUUGCUGCAGUCUCCACAGUCUACCAGAUUGUCUUCGGCUCAACACGCCCUGGUCUCAAACCAAGGGGACCACGCUACUCACCUGCCAAGGCAGCAGCAGCAUUUUCAUCCUAAUCAGAGUCACCGGCUCUCCCAGCCCGCCUUGCCUCCUCCAGCACCACAGCAGCAGCCAGGAGAAGCCUACUCAGCUAUGCCUCGGGCUCAGCAGUCUGCUUCUUAUCAGCCCAUGCCAGCUGACCCUUUUGCUAUCGUCUCUAGAGCCCAGCAGAUGGUUGAGAUCCUCUCUGAUGAGAAUCGGAACCUGCGGCAUGAGUUGGAUGGAUGUUAUGAGAAAGUGGCAAGACUGCAGAAGGUGGAGACAGAAAUCCAGCGAGUCUCAGAGGCAUAUGAGAAUUUGGUGAAGUCAUCCUCCAAAAGAGAGGCUCUGGAGAAAGCCAUGAGGAACAAGCUGGAGGGUGAGAUUCGAAGGAUGCAUGACUUCAACAGAGAUCUGAGAGAACGUCUAGAGUCUGCCAACAAGCAGCUGGCAGAGAAAGAGUACGAGGGGUCAGAGGACACCAGGAAAACCAUCUCUCAGCUCUUCGCCAAAAAUAAAGAAAGCCAGCGGGAAAAGGAGAAGCUAGAAGCAGAGCUGGCUACUGCUCGUUCUACCAAUGAAGACCAAAGGCGACACAUUGAAAUCCGAGACCAGGCAUUGAGCAAUGCCCAGGCAAAGGUGGUGAAGCUGGAAGAAGAGCUGAAAAAGAAGCAAGUGUAUGUGGAUAAGGUGGAGAAGAUGCAGCAGGCCCUAGUGCAGCUCCAGGCGGCCUGUGAGAAACGCGAGCAGCUGGAGCACCGACUCCGGACACGUUUGGAGAGGGAGCUGGAAUCCCUUAGAAUCCAGCAGCGUCAGGGCAACUCUCAGCCCGCCAAUGCUUCAGAAUACAGUGCCGCUACCCUGAUGGAGCUCCUUCGGGAAAAGGAGGAGAGAAUUCUGGCCCUGGAAGCAGAUAUGACAAAGUGGGAGCAGAAGUAUUUAGAAGAGAAUGUGAUGAGACAUUUUGCUCUGGAUGCUGCUGCAACUGUGGCUGCGCAGCGAGACACAACAGUCAUUAGCCACUCUCCUAACACCAGCUAUGACACAGCCUUAGAGGCCCGCAUCCAGAAGGAAGAGGAAGAAAUCCUGAUGGCCAACAAACGUUGCUUGGACAUGGAAGGAAGGAUUAAGACCCUCCAUGCCCAGAUUAUUGAAAAGGAUGCCAUGAUCAAAGUGCUGCAGCAGCGCUCCAGAAAGGAGCCAAGCAAGACAGAGCAGCUGUCAUCCAUGAGGCCAGCCAAGUCUCUGAUGUCCAUUUCCAAUGCUGGCUCAGGCUUGCUUGCCCACUCGUCUACCCUGACUGGUACCCCCAUCAUGGAGGAGAAGCGAGAUGACAAAAGCUGGAAGGGGAGCCUAGGCAUUCUUCUGGGUGGAGACUACCGUGCUGAGUCUGUCCCAUCCACACCUUCACCUGUGCCUCCAUCUACUCCCCUUCUCUCAGCUCACUCGAAGACAGGCAGUCGAGACUGCAGCACCCAAACCGAACGUGGAUCGGAACCAUCCAAAACCGCAGCUGUCACUCCCAUCUCUGUUCCAGUGGCUGUUCCAGUUGCUGCUGCUGCCACUGCUGCUGCCAUCACUGCAACUGCUGCCACCAACACUGCCCCAGCUGCCAACAACACCACUAUCAUGGUAGCUGCUGCUCCAGUUGCUGUUGCUGCUGCUGCUCCAGCUGCUGCUGCUGCCGCCACUGCCCCAUCUCCAGCAAAUGCUGCUGCUCUUGCUGCUGCUGUCUCUCCAGCUGCUGCUGUCUCUCCAGCUGCUGCUGUCUCUCCAGCUGCUGCUGUCUCUCCAGCUGCUGCUGUCUCUCCAGCUGCGGCUGUCCAGAUUCCAGCUGCUUCAUCUCUUACUUCUGCUACUGUUUCUGCCACUCCUGCUGCUACUGCUGCUGCUGCUGCUACUGCUGCUGCUGCUGCUGCUGCUGCCGCUACUGCUGUUCAGGUUGCUCCAGCUGCUUCGGCUCCGGUUCCAGCUCCAGCCCCGAUUCCGGCUCCAGCAAUGGCUCAGGCUUCUGCUCCGACUCCGACUCAAGCAUCAACUCCAGCUCCGAAUGCAGUUCCUACUCCAUCUCCGACUCCAACUCCUGCUUUGGUUCAGGCUGAGGGUUCUGCAAGUCCAGGUACCAGUUCUGGACCACGCCGUUUGUCCACACCAAAUCUGAUGUGCAACCCAGAGAAGCCAGAUGGUCCUGUUUUCCACUCCAGUAAUCUGGAAAGAAAAGCACCCAUUCAGAUCCUGGGUCAAGAGCCUGAUGCAGAGAUGGUGGAAUAUCUCAUCUAAACAGCAUAAUCAAGAGCUGAAGUUAUCAGCAAAAUUUCUUUUAAUCAUUUUCCCUUUUGUUUGUUUAAUCUGGGGUGAUGAUGGGGUUGGGAGGUGGGGAUGAUUUUUUUUAAAGGGACUUCUUAUUGGACUAUUGUAGUACUUAACUAAUACCAUGAGAAUUCCAGUCUAUUUUGGAAUACAUAGGGAGUACCUCGAAAGGAUAGGUUAAGCAGGAUGGGCUCUAAAGCUUAUUGUUGGGAUUGAUACAAAUCAUGGACUAUUAAUAGGUAGUAAUGUCCGCUGAUUUGAUUUGUUUUGAAAUUUCCCAGUUUGAGGUCAUUUUUUCAUUGAAGAACACAGUAUGUGUGGAAGGCAGUUUGUAACACGUAGUUCAGAAGUGGAAAUCCAGAGAGAAUUUGAAGACCUGCUGCUUUGUCUAGCGACUGCCUAGACAACAGCCACAGAGAGUUCUUACUUUGAGCUGAGAAAAGAAAAUGUCUUAGGAGCUUUGGAAGCUGGAGAAAAGGAAGAGUAUUGGGGUUAAGAAGGGUACUGGAACCAAUUCUCUCUCCUAGUUGCCAGUUACCUGCUCCCUCAUAUUGAUGGUAUUUAUCUCCAUUUCAAUGGUGCUUUGGAAGUGGAUUCUUCUGGUUCCCUCCUGGAGGUUCAUACAUUCAUUUAUAUACUCUGGAAUAUUUUAUGCAUUUGGAUAAUUAAUAUAUUGCUUUCAGAUGGUAGGAGAGUAAAUGAACAGUGAUCCAUAAAUUCCUCUCUCCUAGGGGGUUAGAUGUUAGAAGCCUUGAUGGAGGGCUUCAUGAGAUGCUGCAUGUGGACUUUAGUGGUCUGGGUAUAGUCAUGAACAUGGCUCAGUCACCUUACAUUAGAGCAGUUGACUGACUUAGCCUGUAUUUCUUCUCCAAUGCAGAUUCAGUGGCUGGUUCACCAGUCUUUGUUUGCCAACAAUUUGCAAAAUGAGGAAACAUCUUUUUGACACUUUGAAUGUUUUGAAUUUCUGGGUGGUACUUUGAAAUAUUUCAUUUUUGCUUUCACAAAUUCUUAGCAUGUGUCUUCAAAGGCAUAUGCAACCAUCACCUCCAUGGAAAUAACAUAAGAAGUCCAAAGUACCAGGCUGCAGUCAGGAGAGAGAUUGAUUGCAGCAGUCUCCUCAACUACCUCUUCUCACUGCCAGUGACUCCACCUUGGAAUCCCUUUGGGAAGCAGCUGAGAAUGUAUACACGGGCGGGACCAAACAGGGAGCCUUGCCAUAGGGCUGCCUCUAAGGACACAGAGGGUGUCCUUUGUCACAGGUCCUUGUCCUUAAUAUCUGCCCUUCAUUAAAGUGAUAGAACUGCAGCUAGUAUCAUUAAGAUCAGUUUUCUGGGGUCUAGGGAGGGUAAGGGGCGUGGGGGAGUUAUUAGGUAAAGGGGGGUAGAGGUUUAGUGAUAGGUUAAGUUAGAAAUCAGAUUGAUAGAUGGAAGCCUGUAUAUGAUGUCAUGGGCUUCAGUGAUGGGAAGGAACUUUAUCUAGCAAUGUAGCUCUCCCUUCUCAUUUUAGUGAUGAGGAAUCAGACUUGGAAAAGUUCAGUGACUUUUUCAAGAUCACACAGCACAUCUAUCUGCUCUGCCAGUUAUAUACCCAUUAUGGGAAAUGAUUAUCUAUCUAUAUACAUAAAAAGAAGAGCCUGUUUUGAAGAAAAGGUAUCUUUUCUAGUCUAGGGUAUGCCUACUUUAUGAAAAUCUUCUUGGUUUGACUAGAUUGUUUGGGUUUCUGAAUUCUUGUCUCUGCUGGAGUGCCUUGUAUGGAACUGUUCUCUUCCUCAUCCCAUUUAAUCAUUGAGCUACAUGAAAUGAACCCCUAAGAAAUCAACUCCACUGUCUUUGACUAUGAAAUCAGGUGUCUAGGGUCAUUUGAUGUAUUCCUCUGUGAGUAUAAGAGUGCUAUAUUUACCUGUAUUCUUGUGUAGUUCCUAAUUACCUUCCAACGGAUUUAUUUGUGUGUGUGUGUGUGUGUGUGUGUGUGUGUGUGUGUGUGUGUGUGUGUGUAAAUGAGGGAAGGCAAUACUACAACUUUUAACUAGUUUUUCACAUUAUUAAUAACAAAAUGAUCAUCCAGUACAUUGGUCCUCAGUUAAACAGUGAACUCCAAAUAGAAAUUCAAAAGCAUGAAUAAUGCUCAUUCACAGCAAUUUUUAUUGCAAGGAAAAAAUCCUUCAGACAGUAGAAGAAUCAGGCAGCAAGCACCAGGAGAGCUACUUUCUGUCCAAGCAAAUGAAUGAAAAUGAAAGAAACCUUUCCUGUCCUCUCCUGAUGACAGCACAUUGCUAGGAUUAGGGCUGACUCUGGGAGCCAUGAUUCUAAUCGCAUUCUGGAAGGCGACAGACAUGAUAGGUUUCUCACUGGGUGGCAACCAUCACUGUAGAAUCAUGUGUUUGGGGGAAAGAAGGAAGUCCUUGCUGAAGUUCCAGAACCUCUCUGGCCUGCCAUACUAGAGGCAGUCCUGAUCAGUUUUUAGUCACAGGCAAUUUGCUAGAAGGACAUUGUAUGUCUAAGAGAUGGAAGAAGACUAUGUUGAUAUAGUCUGUUUAUGGACCAUACAGAUUCCACCUUUUGAGAAAAUUUCUACUAGCUAUCAGUUUAAAAAUUCAGUUAUACGGGAUAAAUCUCAAAUGAGUCCCUCCCCCUCUUCACAGCUGUGUGGAUGUAACCUUUGGAGCCUCUUCCUGGACUUUUUCCUAUCUACAGUAGAAUGUAUGCAUUUUCCUGGCACCUUGUUGUCUUAACUGUUACUGUGUGGUGGUGUCUGAGGAUCUUAAAAUUCAUUUGUUACCUGCAGUGUCCCAUGUCCAGCAAAAUCUCAUUUGAUUGAACUGUACUUGAUAGAAAACUGUUAACAUAGUUGGGGAAGUAUAAUCAGCUUAAACUUCCUUUGGAAGUCACGUACUGUGACUGUUGUCUUAAUGAAGGUUUGAAUGUCAGUGUUGCUUUUGAGCGGCAGGGUAAUGGGGCAGUAGAAACUUGAAACAUCUGCCACAAUCUGUGACAGGAAAUCUAGCAAGAUCCCUGUUGUGUUGUCUUUUUACUUUUGCACUGUUGAGUGGGUCUAACAAACUGAUUCCCAAGCUACUUUUUAUGAAGAAUCUAAAAAACGUGGCAGCUUAAAGUAUAGAUGUAUGUGCUAACUUAAUAAACGCUGAUGUCUGUUAGCCGUACAAUCUGUUAUCUUAAAUGCUCAUUCAUACAUGGAAUGCGUUACUUAAAAUGUGUUCCUUCUUCCAGAAAAUGUUCUCAAAGGAAGGUAUUGGCUAUGGGUUCAUUGUUACCAAUUGCUGCCUGCCACAAUCUUUAGAAAUUCUUCUUCCAAGUGCCACCAUUGACAGCAGGACAAGGGUUGGAAGCAUAUACAUUUUCUUCUGGUAGCAAGGGUGGGUUCUGAGAAACUUUCAACUCUCCUUCUGACUGCCUUUGUUAUCAAUGGCAUGCAUUUAAUAAAAUGGCUAGAUGGGGUUGGCAGAUGGUUUGAGAAGAAUUACUUUUGGUUUAAUAUAUGUGGUCUCUUACUGAUUGUGAUCCUAUUCUGUAAUCAAGAGAGCUAGAUCAAAUAAAGUUAAGCAGGUUAAAUCCACUUUGUGCCUAUCUUUUCACUGACAAUAAAGUUAGCUGUUUGAAAAUGCA